AUGGCGAGCCAGCCCAAGACCGCAACCGACUCAGACGCCAUCGUCUCGAGCCAAAAGCUUGAUGAUGAGAUCCACCGACAGACCUCAUUCGGAGAAGCCACGGCCGACAUGUUACAAACAGACUUAGAGAAGGAAAAGACCAUCCAAGGCACCGCUCACUUCCAACGCUUAGGAUGGAAGCGCCUUACCGUCGUCCUCAUCGUUCAAGCCAUUGCUCUUGGUAGUCUGAGCCUCCCUGGCGCCUUUGCCACACUUGGAAUGGUACCUGGCGUUCUGGCCUGCGUUGGUAUCGGGCUGAUUGCCAUGUAUGCCAGCUACAUGGUUGGACUUGUCAAGUUGAAGUAUCCUCAUAUCGAUCAUUAUGUCGACGCUGGCCGACUUCUGAUGGGAGGAUUUGGUGAUAAGCUUUUCGCAGUGGUGUUUGUGGGAUUGCUGGUACUCGCUACUGGCUCACACUGCUUGACUGGCAAGAUUGCGCUCGUCAAGAUUACAGGCAGCAGUGUUUGUACGUUGGUAUUCGGGGUCGUAUCUGCUAUCAUCCUCCUGAUCCUUGCGAUUCCACCUUCAUUCACCGAGAUUGCAAUUCUUGGCUAUGUCGACUUCAUCUCUAUUAUUCUUGCGAUUGGUAUCACUAUUAUCGCGACAGGGAUACAAAGAUCAGAUUCUCCAGGUGGUUUCUCUCCAUCAACUUGGUCAGCAUGGCCGCAGGAUGACCUUAGCUUCACUCAAGCCCUCACAGCCGUCUCCAAUAUUGUCUUCUCGUAUGCGUUUGCGGCAGCACAGUUCUCCUUCAUGUCCGAAAUGCAUACGCCGGCCGACUUUACGAAAUCUAUCGUUACUCUCGGUGUAACUGAAAUAAUCCUGUAUACCAUUACAGGAUCAGUUAUCUACGUAUUCGUAGGACAAGAAGUCCAAUCCCCAGCAUUGUUAUCAGCAAGCCCGUUAGUGUCCAAGGUUGCCUUUGGUAUUGCAUUGCCUGUUAUCUACAUUUCCGGUUCAAUCAAUGCCACGGUCGCUUGCCGAUUUAUCCACGGCCGUCUUUACAGGAACUCAAUCACACGGUUCAUUAACACACGCAAGGGUUGGAUCUCUUGGCUAGCCGUUGUGACCGUGGUCAUUCUCCUCUCAUGGAUCAUCUCUGAGGCGAUUCCCUUUUUCUCCGAGCUCUUGGCAAUCUGCGCUUCCUUAUUCAUUUCUGGAUUCUCCUUCUGGAUUCCUCCCAUCAUGUGGUUCUUCCUCCUGAAGGAGGGCAAGUGGUACGACAAGCACAACAUCAAGCGGGCAGUCUGCAAUUUUAUUGUGUUUAUCAUAGGAUUCUUUGUCUUCAUCGCCGGCACAUAUGCCAGUAUCGACCAGAUCAUUGCAAAGUUUAAUAAAGGCCAGGUCGGCAAACCAUUUUCAUGCAAUCUAGCUUGA